AUGCCUGAAAGAACUCUGAUAUCUUGGACCAUCCUCAUGUCAGGUUAUGCCAAACAUGGUCCUAGUGCGGAAGCGUUGGCAUUGUUCAAAGAGAUGCUGUCGUCUGGUGAUAAUCAUAAAACACGCCUACGUCCUGACUCCUAUGUUUAUGCGGUUGUGUUGAGAAGUUGUGGAGAAAUGAGAGAAUUGGGGUUUGGGAAAGGAGUUCAUGGCCAAGUUUUGAAGAAAGGAGAGGCUUUUCUUGAUGGGUUUUUAGAGAAUUCUUUGGUGAAUAUGUAUUCAAGUUGUGGCCAAUUGGAAGAUGCUGUUUUGAUUUUUGACGGGAUUGAGAAGCCUGGUUUGGUUGCUUGGAGUUCAAUGUUAAGUGCUUACGUGAAAAAUGGAUUUGAAAAAGAGGGUUUGAGUGUUUUCCUUGAUAUGGUCUCUAAGGGAAUUAAGUUGGAUGCUUUUGUGUUUUCAAUGGUUAUCAAGGCAUGUUCCAACUUGGAGGAGUUAAACUUGGGAAUUCAAGUACAUGGUUUAAUGGUUAAGAAAGGGUUUGGGAAAGGGUCUUGUUUGUUUUUGGACAAUAGCUUAAUGGAUUUUUAUGCAAAAUGUAAGGAUUUGAGGGGAUUAAGAAACGUUUUUGAUCAGCUGUACGAGAAAGAUUUAGUUUCUUGGAACACAUUAAUUAUGGGUUAUGUACAUAAUUUUUAUUACUUUGAAGCUCUUAGGAGUUUUAGAGUUUUAAUGCAUGAUAUUUGUUAUUGUGAUGAUUUCACCAUAACAAGUAUUCUCAAGGCAAUUUCUAGUUUACAUGACAUGGGCUAUGGUAGGCAGGUUCAUGGAUAUAUAGUUAGAACAGGUUUUGUAUCAAAUAGCUAUGUAAUGUGCUCUCUUCUGGAUAUGUAUAUUGAGUGCAUUGAACAUGAGAGCUGGGAACAAUGGGAAAAAGUUCCUUUGAAGGUGUAUGCUGGCUUAGAAAGAGGAGAAGCCAAUGAGUGUAUUAUUAUUGCAAGCAUGCUAAAAUGGUGCUCUCUGUUAUCAAAUCUUGAUGCAGGGAAAGUAUUCCACUCCUUGGCCAGCAAAUUAGCUGUAGAUUCUGAUCCAUAUGUUAUAAGCGCUUUGAUUGACAUGUAUUCCAAGUGUGGGGUGCCAGAUGCUGCUUUAAGGGUUUUCGAAAGAGUAGAAAACCCAGGCACCGUAACUUGGUCAGCUCUGAUCUCUGGACUUUCUUGGAAUGGGUGGUUUGUGGAAGCACUAACAUGUUUCAAUAAAAUGCAGCUUAAUGGUAUUGAAGCAAAUGAAUUCACCUUAACAUCUGUUAUUCUGGCUUGUGUGGCUUUAGGUGAUCUUAGAAAGGGAAGAGAAUUGCAUUGCAAGAUACUCAAAACUUGUUAUGAAUCAAACGUUUCCAUAGUUAACAUGCUCAUUAAUCUUUACUCGCAAUUAUCAGAUCACCGACAAGCGCUCAAGAUAUGUUCCUUGGUUUCAGAUGCUGAGAUCUCAUGGAAUUUAUUGAUACAGGCCAGCCUCAAGGCAAAUGACUAUGAAAUGAUUCACAAACUUCUCAGGAGGAUUCAAUCGUGCUUUGGGUACCUUGAACCGAUCUCUGUUUGUGAUAUUUUCAGAUCCUGUAGCAGCCCAGUGCUUUUGAAUAUGGGGAUGCAAGCUCAGGCUUACAUGACCAAAAGGGGUCUUCUUUCGCAUCCUACAAGUGGAAAUGGUCUCAUUCAGAUGUAUUCCGGAUGUGGACAAAUUGCAGAGGCUGAUUUGGUGUUUGAAUCGAUGCCUGAGAAGAGUUCUCUGUGUUGGACAUCUAUCAUCUCCGCAAAAGUGGAACAUGGACAUCCAUCUGAAGCUCUGACAUUGUUUAACGAAAUGCGGAGGAGGAAUAAAUUAGUAGACUCAAGCACAUUAAAAUCAAUCUUGAAAGCAUGCAGCCAGAUGGGUCGAGUAGAUAAGGCACAUAGCCUAUUAAUGUCCAUGGAAGUGGUUUACGGAGUUAAGCCAUCGGAAGAGCAUUAUUCCUGCGUCAUUGAAGCUUUUACUCGAGCUGGAAUGCUUGAAGAACUUGAGAACUUCAUCGAUGAGGUUGUUGUAGAUAAAAACGAUACUAAGAUUUGGAACACUCUUCUUUCAUCGGCCCGUGUUAUAGGUAACAUGGACAUGGCAAAAUUUGCCUUGGAGAAGCUUUUGGAAAUAGAUCCAAAUGACUGCUUUGCAAAUCUAAUGCUUGGCAAGGUCCUGGUGAUGUUAGGUAAGUGGAAAGAUGCAUCGAAGACGAAAACAUUAGGACCAAAUUCCAGUUGCAUAGAAGUGCAAAACAAAAUAUUUGAAUUUGUCUCCGACCAAAAACCAAGUGAAGAUGUGUUCUAUAAGUUGGCUGAGAUAGAAAGAGAGAUGGAGGAGUUGGGAUAUGUAGAAGAUAGAAACCAUUUGCUGCAUGAUGCAGAAGAGGAAGAAUAUGAUGGUGCAGGUCUUGGUCAUACUGAGAUGAAGGCCAUCGCAUUCGGGCUCUUAUCGUUACCCCACAGAACGCCGGUAAGGGUGAUUAAAAGCGUUAGGAUGUGUGGUACUUGUCAUCAUGCAUGCAAGUUUAUGUCAACUUUUGUAGAUCGAGAAUUGGUUGUUAAGGACAAUUGCACCUUUCACCAUUUCAGAGAUGGCAAAUGCAGUUGUCGGGAUUCAUGGUAG